GUGCAGGUAGAAAUUAAAUGUUAAUUUAUUUAAAAAACUAAUGAAGAUAUGAUAAUUUAAUUGAUUACAAUUGAUUGCGUGUCAUUGAUGCUUGAAGACUGAUCUAAUAUGGUAAGUGGAAUUUAUCUUUAUAUUAUUUAUUAGUAAUAAUUGCAUAUAAUACAUAGACAAAAUACUACUAUUUUUCAUUAAUAGUACUAAUGCGCGUGUGCCAUUGGAGAAUCAUAGAUAAUAUGAGCCAUAUAUGAGCAAAGUAAUGCCAGCGCAUUAUUUAUAUCGGGUGCCAAAUCACACGACUUCAUAUGGUACUAUAUGAGUACCAUCGACGUAAAGUAAUGGACGUGCCUUAGCGGUCAGAAUUGUGGAACGCCAUAAGAAAGAGAUGGAGCGAAGUUUCGGACAAUAUCCAUCUCUUUCACAAUAGUGCGUAAGCCUGUCAUGAAAGAGAUAGCGCUAGUCCGAAACCAUACGCCAUCUCCCUCACUCUUCGAGCCAAGAAAUUAUUACAACGACGUAUGGCUAAGGCACGUCCAUACUUUACGUCGAUGAUGAGUACACCGUUAUAUCUAUGACUAUUAUGCAUAACCCUUUGUGUAUGUAUUAUCUAUGAUCUAUGUGCAUAACCUUACAAAAGAAACUUGAUACAUUGUUUAUAUGUUUCAAAUAGUUAACAUUAAUACCAUAAUAACGAUAAAUUAUUUUAUUAUGUAAGUAUUAAAUUGUCUUGAAUGUUAUAAAAUUAAGUUAUAAUUAAAAAUGUCGGACAAGGAGAAACAAAAAAUGGCUCAACAAUCAAAAAACAUCCCAAAAGAUGGACAAGUAAUAAUGUCCAUCAUGAAAGAAAUGGGUAUAACAGAGUACGAACCGAAAACAAUUAUUCAAUUAACAGAUUUCGUUUACCGUUAUGCAACUUCAAACCUAGAAGAAGCUCGAAAUUUCGCUAAUAACUGUAAGAAAAAGUUCAUUGACUUAGAUGAUAUUAGGUUAGCCUUACAGUUGUCUAGUGAAAGUAGUUUUACUACUCCACCCCCAAGAGAAGCCGUGUUAGAAUGUGCUCGUAACAAAAGCAACACACCUCUUCCAAUUAUAAAGCCACAUUGUGGUUUAAGAUUGCCCCCUGAUCGUCAUUGUUUGGCUGCUCCAAAUUACACCUUAAAAUACCCAACACAAAAAAAAACAGGUAAAAUUACGUCGUCUGUCGCAACUGCCUCAUCAGGAAUCAAAAUAAUGACUAGACCAGCAGUUAGUUAUAUAAAAAGGAGUACUAUUGGAACUGUUCAAAAACAAACAGUUACUAUCCCCAGAACAGGUGAUCAAAAGACAGUUUUAAAACCACGUAUUCAAAUAACUCAAAAUAUUCAAGUGGCAUCACCAUCAACAAACACAACUGCUAUGGAAGUUGAUCAUAGUAGUUUAAAGAGAAAACGAGAAGAUGAAGAAAAUAUAUAAAUAUUGUUAACUUAUGAACAAUAUGCAUCUCAUAUAUACGAAUAAUUACACAUCUUAGACGUAAGAAUAAUUAAAUAAGCUGUUUCAUAUGUAAUUCAUUUUUGUUUGAGUUAUGAGUUGGUCUUCUUAAAUUAAAAGGAGAAAUCACUCACAGUCGGUCACAAUUAAUUAAAUUAUUGGUUUAUGAAAAAAGUAUUUUAUUUAUCGUAAGAUUCGUAUUCAAUUGUAAUAAAUACUACUACUUAUUUAUUACACUAUAACAUUUGUAUUGUACUAAUUGUAAGUAGAUAAAAGUUAGUUGUACCUACAA